AGGAGGGGCGACUCUAAUGGCGCAUCGCUGCCCGACAGAUACAGCUCCCCACAAAUAAACAACAGCAGUCUUUCACGAGCGUGCCAAAUUUGUACUUCUGUCGGUCGCACUGCGCCGUAGCCGAGCUUUGCGUAUUCGCUCAUUGAGCAGAUCGUCUGGGCUUGUGUUUAGCGGCUCCGCGGAGUGCAGCGGCCCAGAGGAAAGACGGCUGAUCGAGAAUAUGUAACAAACAUCACCAUGACAUCCAGAUUUAGUAAAACUUACACUCGGAAGGGAGGACAGGCCAGCUCGAAGUUUGAUGAGGUGUUUUCCAAUAAGAAAGCCACUCUCAGCACUAAAUGGGGAGAGACAACAUAUAAGGCCCAACUGGGGGUCAAACGGCCCUCGUUCAAACCAGAGGUCCUAGAGCUAACCAAACGACCUCGAUUUGAUGAUGAUGAUAGCUCAGAGGACCCGUUUGGCUUUGACAGCGAUGACGAGUCCAAAACUGUAACAUCCAGAGGUACUCCCCAGUCUGAGGUGGACUCCGAUGUUGCAGGAACUGGAAACGAGCAGUCCAAGACAGCCCAGACAGAAAAACCCAGAAUGGCCACGGCAGUGACCAGUGAAGGCAUCUCCACCCUGGGGAGCAACCCAAGAAUCGGCAGAGGUGUGGCUUGUCCCAACAGCCCAGCUUCAUUACAAAUCUCUAGUACCGGAGGAGCUUGGAACAAAUCCUGUCUCACAGUGAGCAACCCACUCUCCCAGCCCUUAAGUUUAAAGAGCCACAGCAGAGACUUCCCUGAUGACUGUGACUCUCUCGGGGCAGACUCUACUCCAGGGGAUGAGGAGCGCAGCUCUACCCAGGCUUGGAACUACUCUGAUGGGCUCAAGAGCUCAGAGCAGUGCCCCACUGAACCUGUUGUGGAACCUGUUGACUUUGAGCAGCUUCCGCUUCUUAAACCAGCCAAUGAUAGAGUGUACAGACGACCCACCCGGAAUAAAGCGCCAGAUAGUUCUGCAGCCGGUGAUGUGCAGAGCCCUGCAGUAGGUACAGCACCACCAUUAGGAUCUACACCAGCCCCUGCCCCGGUUAAGAGCACCAGCAAAGGGGUUGCUGGAAGUGCGGUGGUCAAGCCCGCAGGUCGGGGCAGGGUGAGGGACUACACCGUUCUUCACCCGUCCUGUGUGUCGGUGUGUAACGUGACCAUCCAGGACUCGAUUGAAAGGAGUGUGGAUGAGUUUGUGAGCCCAGCACCUGCCGACUUGGGAGAUGCAGGAAUUUUCCGGAGGAAAACAGACACGCAACCUGCGAAGCCUACAAGGUUCAGGCCCACCCAGAGUAAAAGUAAGAAGGAGACGAAACUGGAGUUUUUUGGCUUUGAGGAGAACGAGGCUCAGGGCGCAGAUGGAGAGGCCACAGUGUCUGGCAGCACCAGCUACAAGAUCAAAUACUUUGGUUUUGACGAGCUGAGCGAGAGCGACAGUGACGAAGAGGAAGAAUCAGCAGCUAAACAGUGGAAGGAGAAGAAAGCACCUAUGGCAGCUCUGUCGGCCAGCCCGAACAGUCCCCAGAUAAGCGAUUCUCAGGAGAGCCAACAGAGUGAAAGCAGUGCAAAUACAGAUUCUCAGGAGUCGUUAGAUGAGAUGGGCUCCAUUGGGUCACUGAGAGAGCGGUACGGAAAACAGACCGACAAGUCAAAGGAGAUUGGUCGCAAGAUCUUUAGUGGGCCAAAAAAAGUAAGCCUAAAAAAAUCUCCUGCUAAAGCUGUGUAUAACGCUCGUCACUGGAAUCACCCCGAGCCAGAGGAAGUGCCGCCUUCUGCUUCCUCCCAUACUGUGACGGUACCUAAGGCCAGUGUGUCUGAUGGCAGCAAAGACACAAAUUCCCAUAAAGAUGAUGGAGUGUUUAAAGCUCCGCCCCCUCCUCCUAAAGUCAUCAAGUCUGUCACGAUUCCCACUGAGCCCUACCAGGACAUUGUCACUGCUCUCAAAUGCAGGAAGGAGCACAAGGAGUUGUACACAGUGGUCCAGCAUGUGAAGCACUUUAAUGAUGUGGUGGAGUUUGGGGAGAAUCAGGAGUUCACUGAUGACUUUGAGUAUCUGGAGACGGGUUUGAAGAGCACACAACCCCUCAACACACGCUGCCUUAGUAUAAUCGGCCUGGCUACACGCUGUGCCAUGCCCAGUUUUCGGAUGCACCUGAGAGCCAGAGGGAAGGUGGCCCAGGUCUUUAAGAUGCUAAGUGAUGCCCAACAACAUCCGAACUUGGCACUGUGUACAGCAUCCCUUAUGUACAUUCUUAGCCGAGACCGGCUGAACAUGGAUCUGGACCGGUCCUGUCUGGAGCUGAUGAUCAGGCUGCUUGAACUAGAGCAGGAUGACUCCGUAGCAGACCAGCUUACAGCUAAAGAGAUAAGCAGAGUUAAAGAGAAAAUCCGCAAACUCUGUGAAACGGUCCACAACAAACAUUUGGACCUGGAGAACAUCAACACGGGCCAUUUAGCAAUGGAGACGCUUCUGUCUCUGACGUCAAAGCGAGCAGGAGACUGGUUUAAAGAAGAGCUGCGUCUACUGGGGGGACUUGACCACAUCGUAGAUAAAGUGAAAGAGUGUGUGGAGAACUUAAGUAAAGAGGAGGAAAAGGAGAGCCUGGUGGCGUCCUUAUGGGGAGCAGAGCGCUGUUUACGGGUUUUAGAGAGUGUUACAGUCCACAACCCUGAGAACCAAGCUUAUCUGAUCGCCUACAAAGAGUCCCAGCUCAUUGUGUCUUCGGCAAGGGCUCUGCACUAUUGUGAACAGAUGAUACAGCGUUACAGCCGAGAGGUCUCUUCAUCUAGUUCCGCCCUUCCACAGAGUAGUCAUAGCAAUGUGGGCAAGGCCAUGGAGGAUUGUAUGAGAGCUGUUAUCGGAGUUCUUCUCAACCUUACACAUGAUGACGAGUGGGGCAGCACUAAAACAGGUGAGCAGGAUGGAUUCCUACUGACGGCUCUAGACUGCGUUCUGAAGGUUCCUCGUUAUUUGCCUCAGGAGCAAAGAUUUGACAUCCGUGUGCUGGGUCUGGGACUGCUGAUAAAUCUGGUGGAAUACAGCGCCAGAAACAGACACUGUCUGGUAGAGAUGGAGGUGGACGUAAGCUACCUGAUGGAGAUGCAGAAUGAUGUGAAGAUGGAAGGAGAGGAGGGGAAGAAGACAGAGGAACAAAAAGAGGAUAAAACAGUGGGAGAGGACGAGAAGGAACCCACAACACAAAAGUCGUCAAACGCUCUGGCAGUUCUAGUACAGCUCUUCCUGGAACGGGAGCAAGCUGCUGUUCUAGCUGAGGCACAGACUGAUGACCUCAUCACUGAGGCACCGAAGUCUCAGGCAGACCAGAGCGGAGAGUGGCAGGAAACUUCCGGAGAGAUCCAGUGGGUCGCCUCGGAAACCAACGACACCAAUGAAAAGAAAGAGGAGGAGGAAGAGGAGCUUGAUCUUAAUAAAGCCUUGCAGCAUGCUGGCAGACACAUGGAGGACAGCAUUGUGGCAUCAUACACAGCUCUUCUACUUGGGUGCUUAUGUCAGGAGAGUCCGAUGAAUGUGAAAACAGUGCGGGAAAACCUUCCUAAGGGUGAUUUCUCUAUCAUGACUGAAAUGCUGAAGAAAUUCCUUAAUUUCAUGAACCUGACGUGUUCUGUUGGAACCACAGGACAGAAAUCUAUCUCACGGGUGAUCGAAUACUUUGAGCACUGUUAGCAGAGGUGUAAUAGACCCCC